AUGUCUGUUCUUUCAUUUUACAGAAGCAGUAGAGAACUGUGGACUAUUCUGCUUGGAAGGUCAGCUCUGAGAGAGCUGAGUCAGAUUGAGGCAGAACUGAAUAAACAUUGGCGGCGAUUGUUAGAGGGGCUUUCUUACUACAAACCUCCCAGCCCAAGUUCAGCUGAAAAAGUGAAAGCUAAUAAAGAUGUAGCGUCACCAUUGAAGGAACUGGGUUUAAGAAUCAGCAAGUUUUUGGGUCUUGAUGAAGAACAGAGUGUGCAGUUACUCCAGUGUUACCUGCAAGAGGACUACAGGGGUACUCGGGACUCAGUAAAGACAGUACUGCAAGAUGAGAGGCAGAGCCAGGCCUUAAUCCUGAAGAUUGCAGAUUAUUAUUAUGAAGAAAGAACCUGUAUUCUUCGUUGUGUCUUACACCUUCUCACUUACUUCCAAGAUGAAAGACACCCCUAUAGGGUUGAAUAUGCAGACUGUGUUGAUAAAUUGGAGAAGGAACUAGUUUCAAAAUACAGACAGCAGUUUGAAGAGCUUUAUAAAACUGAAGCACCAACUUGGGAGACACAUGGAAAUCUCAUGACAGAGCGCCAAGUGUCUCGCUGGUUUGUUCAGUGUCUUCGGGAACAGUCCAUGCUGCUAGAAAUUAUUUUCCUUUAUUAUGCAUACUUUGAGAUGGCACCCAGUGACCUACUUGUAUUAACCAAGAUGUUUAAAGAGCAAGGAUUUGGUAGUAGGCAGACCAAUAGGCACCUGGUGGAUGAGACUAUGGAUCCUUUUGUAGAUCGGAUUGGCUACUUCAGUGCCCUCAUCCUGGUGGAGGGCAUGGAUAUUGAGUCCUUACAUAAGUGUGCUUUGGAUGACAGAAGAGAACUGCACCAGUUUGCGCAGGAUGGGCUUAUUUGUCAGGAUAUGGACCGUUUAAUGUUGACCUUUGGGGACAUUCCACAUCAUGCCCCAGUUCUUUUGGCCUGGGCUCUCCUCCGUCACACUCUGAACCCAGAAGAGACAAGUAGUGUGGUCCGGAAGAUAGGUGGCACAGCCAUCCAGCUGAAUGUGUUUCAGUACUUGACCCGAUUGCUCCAGUCACUUGCCAGUGGGGGAAAUGAUUGCACCACCAGCACUGCAUGCAUGUGUGUCUAUGGACUGCUCUCUUUCGUUCUGACCUCGUUGGAGCUGCACACACUGGGCAAUCAGCAGGAUAUAAUUGAUACAGCAUGUGAAGUCCUGGCCGACCCUUCUCUUCCGGAACUGUUCUGGGGAACAGAGCCAACUUCGGGCCUUGGGAUCAUUCUGGACAGUGUGUGUGGCAUGUUUCCCCACCUCCUCUCCCCACUCCUGCAACUGCUCCGAGCCCUGGUAUCAGGGAAGUCCACUGCCAAAAAGGUAUAUAGCUUCUUGGAUAAGAUGUCUUUCUACAAUGAACUUUAUAAACACAAGCCUCAUGAUGUAAUCUCCCAUGAAGAUGGAACUCUUUGGCGGAGACAAACACCCAAACUCCUUUAUCCCCUUGGAGGUCAAACUAACCUUCGCAUACCUCAAGGCACUGUGGGCCAAGUAAUGUUGGAUGAUAGGGCAUACCUGGUACGCUGGGAAUACUCCUAUAGCAGCUGGACCCUCUUUACCUGCGAGAUUGAAAUGUUGCUUCAUGUUGUUUCAACUGCAGAUGUGAUUCAGCACUGCCAGCGAGUCAAACCCAUCAUUGAUCUUGUCCAUAAGGUCAUCAGUACAGACCUGUCGAUAGCAGACUGCCUCCUGCCCAUCACAUCUCGCAUCUACAUGCUGCUGCAGCGGUUAACGACAGUGAUCUCCCCACCUGUGGAUGUCAUUGCUUCUUGUGUCAACUGCUUAACUGUUUUGGCUGCCCGCAAUCCAGCAAAGGUCUGGACUGAUCUUCAUCACACAGGCUUUUUACCAUUUGUGGCCCAUCCUGUCUCCAGCCUGAGUCAGAUGAUUAGUGCGGAAGGGAUGAACGCUGGAGGGUACGGAAACCUCUUGAUGAAUAGUGAGCAGCCUCAGGGCGAGUAUGGGGUCACUGUUGCCUUUCUGCGCUUGAUCACCACCCUCGUCAAGGGGCAACUUGGUAGUACCCAGAGCCAAGGACUUGUGCCCUGUGUAAUGUUUGUGCUGAAGGAGAUGCUUCCCAGCUACCAUAAGUGGCGCUACAACUCUCACGGAGUGAGGGAACAGAUUGGUUGCCUGAUCCUGGAGCUGAUUCAUGCGAUACUGAACCUGUGCCACGAGACAGACCUGCAAAACAGUCAUACUCCCAGCCUGCAGUCUCUCUGCAUCUGCAGCCUUGCAUACACAGAGGCAGGACAGACAGUUAUCAAUAUCAUGGGCAUUGGCGUGGACACCAUUGACAUGGUGAUGGCUGCUCAGCCUCGAAGUGAUGGGGCAGAGGGCCAGGGGCAGGGCCAGCUGCUGAUCAAGACAGUGAAACUGGCAUUCUCCGUCACCAACAAUGUUAUUCGGCUGAAACCUCCUUCUAAUGUGGUGUCCCCCCUGGAACAGGCUCUCUCACAACAUGGUGCUCAUGGAAACAACCUCAUUGCUGUUCUAGCCAAAUACAUCUACCACAAACAUGACCCUGCUUUGCCACGUCUUGCCAUUCAGCUGCUGAAACGUCUGGCCACGGUGGCCCCAAUGUCAGUGUAUGCUUGUCUGGGCAAUGAUGCGGCUGCCAUUCGUGAUGCCUUCCUGACCCGAUUGCAGAGCAAAAUUGAGGACAUGCGCAUCAAAGUUAUGAUUCUAGAGUUCCUCACAGUUGCAGUAGAGACCCAACCAGGCCUCAUCGAACUGUUUCUGAACCUGGAGGUUAAGGAUGGCAGUGAUGGCUCAAAGGAAUUCAGUCUUGGGAUGUGGAGCUGUCUCCAUGCAGUGCUGGAGCUGAUUGAUUCCCAACAGCAAGAUCGAUACUGGUGCCCACCCCUGCUGCAUCGUGCCGCCAUUGCCUUUUUGCAUGCUCUGUGGCAGGACCGGAGGGACAGUGCCAUGCUGGUCCUCCGGACCAAACCCAAGUUUUGGGAAAAUUUAACCAGUCCACUGUUUGGAACCCUUUCUCCUCCCUCUGAAACAUCAGAGCCCAGCAUCCUGGAAACCUGUGCCCUCAUCAUGAAGAUAAUUUGCUUGGAGAUAUACUAUGUAGUUAAGGGUUCAUUAGACCAGUCAUUAAAAGAUACACUCAAGAAAUUUUCCAUCGAGAAACGCUUUGCCUACUGGUCAGGGUAUGUCAAGUCAUUAGCAGUUCACGUGGCCGAAACAGAAGGCAGCAGCUGCACCUCCUUGUUAGAGUACCAGAUGCUGGUGUCCGCCUGGAGGAUGCUUCUCAUCAUUGCCACCACUCAUGCAGAUAUAAUGCACCUGACUGACUCUGUGGUGCGUCACCAGCUCUUUCUUGACGUGCUUGAUGGAACCAAAGCAUUACUCCUAGUUCCAGCCUCAGUGAACUGCCUUCGCCUCGGCUCCAUGCAGUGCACUCUGCUGCUUAUCCUCCUCCGGCAGUGGAAGAGAGAGUUAGGUUCCGUGGAUGAAAUCCUUGGACCCUUGACGGAGAUCCUGGAAGGAGUGCUGCAGGCCGACCAGCAACUCAUGGAGAAGACCAAGGCCAAGGUGUUCUCAGCAUUCAUCACAGUGUUGCAAAUGAAGGAGAUGAGAGUAAGUGACAUCCCCCAGUACUCCCAGCUGGUGUUGAACGUCUGUGAGACCCUCCAAGAGGAAGUGAUUGCACUCUUCGACCAGACCCGCCACAGUCUGGCAUUAGGCGGUGCCACCGAGGACAAGGACAGCAUGGAGACUGACGACUGUUCUCGGUCCCGGCACAGGGACCAGCGUGAUGGGGUGUGUGUCCUGGGCCUGCACCUGGCCAAGGAGCUGUGUGAGGUAGAUGAGGAUGGUGACUCCUGGCUGCAGGUGACCCGCAGGCUCCCCAUCCUACCUACCCUCCUCACCACCCUAGAGGUGAGCCUUCGCAUGAAGCAGAACCUACAUUUCACUGAGGCCACACUGCAUCUGCUUCUUACCCUGGCUCGCACUCAGCAGGGAGCCACAGCAGUGGCUGGAGCUGGCAUCACCCAGAGCAUUUGUUUGCCCCUUCUGAGUGUGUACCAGCUGAGCACCAAUGGCACAGCACAGACACCUAGCGCCUCUCGGAAGUCCCUGGAUGCCCCCUCUUGGCCAGGAGUCUACCGCCUGUCCAUGUCCUUGAUGGAGCGGCUGCUGAAAACUCUGCGCUACAACUUCCUGACUGAGGCCCUGGACUUCGUAGGUGUCCACCAGGAGCGGACCUUACAGUGCCUCAACGCGGUGAGGACAGUGCAGAGUCUGGCCUGCCUGGAGGAGGCGGACCACACCGUGGGUUUUAUUCUGCAGCUCUCCAACUUCAUGAAGGAGUGGCACUUCCACUUGCCUCAGCUCAUGCGUGAUAUCCAGGUCAACCUGGGUUACCUGUGCCAGGCAUGCACCUCCCUCCUGCACAGUCGAAAGAUGCUGCAGCAUUACUUACAGAACAAAAAUGGGGAUGGCCUCCCCUCGGCCGUUGCCCAGCGAGUCCAGAGGCCACCAUCUGCUGCUUCUGCUGCCCCCUCCUCCUCCAAGCAGCCUGCUGCUGACACAGAGGCAUCAGAGCAGCGGGCCUUGCACACAGUCCAGUAUGGCCUUCUCAAGAUCCUCAGCAGGACGCUGGCAGCCCUGCGCCACUUCACCCCAGAUGUCUGCCAGAUCCUGCUGGAUCAGUCCCUGGACCUUGCUGAAUACAACUUCCUGUUUGCCCUGAGCUUUACCACUCCCACCUUUGACUCCGAAGUCGCCCCCUCCUUUGGGACCCUUCUGGCCACAGUGAAUGUGGCCCUCAACAUGCUUGGAGAGCUGGACAAGAAAAAGGAGCCCCUCACCCAGGCAGUGGGGCUCAGCACACAGGCAGAAGGGACCAGGACGUUAAAGUCCCUCCUGAUGUUUACCAUGGAAAACUGCUUCUACCUGCUCAUCUCUCAGGCGAUGCGGUACCUUAGGGACCCGGCUGUGCAUCCCCGGGACAAACAGCGGAUGAAGCAGGAGCUCAGCUCUGAGUUGAGCACGCUGCUCUCCAGCCUCUCGCGCUACUUCCGCCGGGGAGCCCCCAGCUCCCCUGCCACUGGUGUCCUCCCCUCGCCGCAGGGCAAGUCCACCUCUCUCUCCAAAGCCAGCCCUGAGAGUCAAGAGCCUCUGAUCCAGCUAGUGCAGGCAUUUGUCCGGCAUGUGCAAAGAUAGGGCAGUGCUGUGCUGCUGUGCUGCCUACCUACCCCUCUCCACCAGCCUACACCGCACCCUGGCUGCCAGGGCCUAUACAACGGAGGGCACCUUCUGUCACCCCCUCCCCGAGUAGCCACUUCAACCACCCACCCACUGAUGUUAUUUUUAUACUAGAUGAAGAGGUCAACAGCAGGCAUGGGGAGUGGAGUCUUCUGUGCUUAGGCCCUCACGCUGCCGACGCCCCCAGAGGAGCAUUCCUUCCCUUCCAGCAUUCCCCACAGCACGGCCAGCCAGGGGAGGCGGGAGCCCAGGAGAGGGCUCUAUGCACGGGUUUCAGAAUCUGUUUUCCAUGCUCUGUCCCUGCAGUUUUGGUAAUUCUGUGGUCUAUUUAUACAAAUAUUAAAAUCCUGUUUAUAGACA